AGCUCUUUAACAGUAUGCUUAUGAAUGUAGAAUGAAUGACAAAGGUGGGAGAAGCAUGCUCUCUUUCAGGCAGUAAUGAAUGAAGACUGUUUACGGAUUUCGAGAGAUGUUACAGCAAAACGAUACUAUGCAUGAGAUGACCAUGACUCAGAUCAGCGUGGCGGCCACCAACUGCAACCUGACCUACUUUGAUGACCGCGUGCCCCUGGUCGUGCUUUACAGUGUGGUACUGAUUAUCGGGCUGCCCGCCAAUAUAAUUACUGUCUACCUGACCUUCCUCCAGGUGCGCCGCAAAAAUGUCCUGGGCAUCUAUCUGUUGAGCCUGUCCGUGUGCGACCUCAUCUACCUCUGCACCCUGCCCAUGUGGGCCGACUACGCGAACAUGGGCCACCAGUGGCGCUGGAGCUCCAUGGCCUGCAAGGUGACGGGCUACUUCUUCUUCAACAACAUGUACAUCAGCAUCUUCCUGCUGUGCUGUGUCUCCAGCGACCGGUAUGUGGCCGUGGUCUACGCCGUGGAGUCGCGCGGCCUUCGCCAGCAGAGGCUGGCAGUUGCGGUUACCAUGGUAAUCGUCUUGGUGGUGUUCAUGGGCCACGUGCCAGUUUUUACCAUGAUGGAGGGCAAAGUGGUAGAGAAGAAAUGCUUCGAGCCGGGCCAGAGCACGCUCACGGUGACGGGUUUCAACUACGCACGCUUCGUCAUUGGCUUCUUGGCCCCGCUGGUCGUGCUGGUGGUCACCAACCGUGCCAUCCUGGCCAGCGUGCAGGCCAGCACGGGGCUACAGCCGUGCCAGAAGGAGCGGGUGCGCUACUUGGCGAUUGCCGUGGUUAUCCUCUUCCUGGUGUGCUUCGCGCCGUACCACAUCAUCCUGCUGCUGCGCGCUGUCACCUUCCACAUCCCCAAGCUGCAGAAGACAUGCGACUUCGAGGAAAGAAUCUACACCCCUUACACUAUCUCUUUGGGCCUGUCCACCUUAAACAGCGCCAUCAACCCCAUCCUCUACGUGCUCUCCAGCGACAACAUUCGCAAGGAGCUGCGUCGCGGCCUGAAAUACCUCCGGGGGCGGGCCACCCUGCAGCCGCGUUCCACUGACAGUAGCCAGCACAAGAUGCACAACUCCAAGAACUCGUCAGAAGUGGCGGCCGCCAUACUGGUUGUGGCGAAGCAUGACAGAGGAAGGGUAAGGGUUUGAUAUGUGAGCCAGAGUGGAAUGCAGAUAUGACUGCUGAAGGAAGUCUGGGAUGGUGACUUGCAGGUACUCUGGAAUAUUAAACAAACUCAGCAUAGAGCCAGGUGGAACCCCAAACAUAGCAAGAGCAAUGGGAGACAAUGUAUUCCAGCCAUCCCAGAAACUGACUGGAAUGUAUAUGAUUGAAAUGUGUCAAGCAGGACUUCAACCCCACUUUAAGUUCAUUUCUGCCUAAUUGUUUGCUGUUCGUCUCCGGUUGAAGAAAUUGGGUCAUUCCUGCUAUGCGGUACCUUUUGGACCUCAUAACUUUUGUAUUCUUUUUUUAGUAUUCUAUUUUUUGUAUUCUAUUUUUUGUAUUCUAUUUUUAGUAUUCUAUUUUUAGUAUUCUAUUUUUUGUAUUCUAUUUUUUGUAUUCUAUUUUUAGUAUUCUAUUUUUAGUGUACUAUCAGAAAAAGGGAAACAUACAGGUCAAGCUCAGGCACUUACAUUUUUUUUAGGUGCAUAAUCAUAACAGGGUGGAACAUAACAGGGUGGAACAUAAGAAGGUGGAAAUGUGGAGCCUAUAUUAGUCAUAGUGCUGGGAGUGAGCAAGAUUGAGCUAGCAUAAUGGUGAACCAUUGAACAGGAUUUUAAAUUAUCUUAUCAAACAUUUUAACAUUUGUAAAUGUUUUGAUUUGCUCUAAUUUAGCCUAACCGGGUGGAAAUGUAUGAGUGGGACAUGCAGACUAUGAAUAUUUAUUUAGCUGUGCACCAUUGUUUUCCCACCAAAGAAAUGAUGUCUCUUCCUAAAUAUGGUGUCAUUGUAGGGAGGGGUUGUUUUCUUAAGUGGAGAAUUGCGACAAACUAACAGGAUGGAAAGUGAUAUCAGGGACACACAGAAAUAAAUAAAAUGAUAAAUAAUCAUGAAAAAAACGUUAUUUUAUGGCUAAUAUUUCUCAUGGAAGUUGAUUUAUAACAACCGGGGACAAAAAAUACCUACAUCUACUGAAGAAAAGUGUUCAAAAUGCAUAGAAUUCCCUUUCAAUAUCCUUAUGUUUGUGUUUUUAAGGUAAAGGACACCUGACUUUAUAUUUAAAGCCUUUUAGAAUCCACAUUUUACACGGAAUAAGAAGUAAUAUACUGAAUCCUGGGGACAGAAAAUGCACCACAUAUGGAUGUAGGAAUUACCCAAUUGUCAAUGUUUGCCAAAUUCAGCAUUUAUUUUAUUUAUUUGUGUUAUUUGUGUCCAUGUGAAAGUAUGUAGAAAUAAUGUAGAAAUGAGAAACAGAUUUUCUAUUAAUGGAAAAUUGUGUUUUCCUUUGGACAAACAGUAGUUGUUAAAGAAAUUGUGCAAAAUAUGAUACGCUGCAAUACAUAUUAUACAUAUAUUGUGUUUGUCUCUAGAAACAUAGGUGAUUUCACAGUAGAUGAGACAUAGAUCAACAGCAUGCUCUUACAGUUGAUUUUAUUUUGAAAACUAAAAUGUUCAGUGUUUGUCGUGUUUUUGGUGUUGUGUUUUGCAACAUGAAGAUAUCAUCUUUUAUAUACGUUUAGUGUUUUUCAUCCUAUGUUGCAGACCUUUUUAAAAGUUUGUAAAAAGCAAAGGCAUUUCAUCUCGAUGAGUAUUAUUUAUACAGUUUUACUGUACAUUUUUAAAUAAACAUUUGAAGAUAAAUGUGACAUUUCAGUUUCUUUAUUGAAGUGGAAGUCUGUCCAGAUGUAUCUUGCUCCUACAGGUGAGAUGUGAGUUUCACACUAUGACAGGAACAAACAAAGAGUCCGAAUGCAUCGGCACUUCGAAGUAUUGACACAAA